GUGAGGCGAAGGCGCUAUAAUGCUUACUGGGCUUGGCGGCCAGCACGGAGAAAGAAGCAAACAGCUUCAGCUUGGUCCAUAAUUCUAGUGCGGUAAAUUGGAUGCUGAUCGCCGUGGCAGAAGCUGCAGGAUGCAUUAAAGAUCAAGAAGAUCUUGAAAGGCAGCCAUGAGUCUGACGUCCUGGUUCUUAGUGAGUGGUGGUGGGACACGUCAUCGUCUUCCCAGAGAGAUGAUCUUCGUGGGGAGAGAUGACUGUGAACUCAUGCUGCAGUCGCGCAGUGUGGACAAACAACAUGCUGUCAUCAACUACGAAGCGGCGACAGAUGAACACAAGGUUAAGGACCUGGGCAGUUUAAAUGGGACCUUUGUCAAUGAUGUCCGAGUACAAGAACAAAUGUAUGUCACACUGAAGAUCGAUGACAAACUGAGGUUUGGUUACGAUACUAACUUGUUCACUGUUGUUCGUGGAGAGCUACACAUACCAGAAGAGGCUCUAAAGCAUGAGAAAUUUAGCAGCCAGCUUCAGCUCAGCCAGAGAAGGCCUCUGGAGGGCGAGUCUUCAAAAUCAGAAGGGAAACCCUCUGAGGCAGCUGCACCAGUGAGUGAGGCAGCCUCUGCUAAACCCACAGAGCCCAACAAGGUGGAAGAAAAGAUGACAGAUGUUGCUGUUUUGAAAAGGGGAACACCCCUUUAUGGACAGCCUGCCUGGUGGGGCGAUGGAGAUGAUCACUCUGGAAGGCCUGAAGAAAAGAAUUCAGAUAGGAAUCGUGAAAAACUUCAAACAGACACAAAGAAGAGUGCAGGAAUGUCAAAGUCUGCAAGUGGUGAGGCCACAUCAAGAGAUCAAGAGGCUGGUGCUUCAUCUGCUGCAGAGCCUGCCCACGGUCAUGCAUCCUACACCAUUGAAUUCGACCCGGGCGCAUCUGGCAAGGUGACGGUCAAAGAUCGAGUGGCAAAAUUGGGCUUAGACACAAAGCCACGUCCAAAAAGGGGAGUGGGUGAGGAGCUGAGUCCACUUCAGACAGCUGUGAUGGCAGCAGAAGUCAAAGUCGCUGACUGGCUGGCCCAGAAUGAGCUGCCUUUGACUGUCAAAGAAAGGGUUACAGAAGAUGGGGGGGAAAGUGUGAAGAGUGACGUACCUGUUCAACUGAGGAGUCUUAAAGACAGCACACAUGAGGAUGGCACACAGAGCGACUCAGAAAACGCACUUGGAGAACAACGCAAGGCUCUGGAGGAACGCCAUUUGGGGCUUUGGGGUGUAAGAGGAAUGAAGAUCAGGGAAGCCCGUGCUAAUGUGCCUGAGGGGCUCUUUGCAGAGGAGGAAAGUCCAGCACGCCGCCGGAGGUCUUCAAGUACAAAAGUGCCAGGUAGUUUUGUAGAAAGGCAACAGAGUCAUGAUGAGUGCUAUCAACAUGGAGAUGAUUGUAGCGACAGAGGCACAUACACCAUUGAGCUUGAAAAUGGAGACCAUGAAGAAGAAGAGGCUCGAAAAAUGAUUGACAAGGUAUUUGGUGUAGAUGAAUUAGAAGCUAUGCAUGUUUCCAGAGUUGGGAAUGCGGACCUGAAAGAGAACCUCCCCUCCCAGAGGUCUGCUCCUAGAGAGAGAGGAAAACCUUGCUUCAUGGAAACAGAGGUGUUGCCUGAGGAACUGGAGGUCGGUGGUCCUCGCUGGGUCUCACAGUGGGCUAUCCUCGCUGCCAGCCACAUAAGGACAGACCCUGAGGGAUCUGGAGGCGAGAGUCAGAGUUUGGUUUCUGACAAAGAUGGAAGUGAAUCAAGCCAUUACUUUGCUUCAUCUGGUCAAAAAGAACGUAAAAGAAGAACUCUGCCUCAGUUGCCUGGUGAGGAAGUUCCUCAAGAAAGGAGGACCCCAAGUUCUGUCAUGCACACAGACAUGGGAGAGAAACAGGACACAGAACUGCAAGAGAAAGAGAACAAGCUACCAAGAGGGGAGAAUUUGCCCGCUCACAGUAGCCCGAGUCGCUCUUCACCAGCCAAGUCACAGGGCAGCAGUUACGGGAGCACGAGACAGACAGGUACGAUGGCAAAGUUACCCCCUCGGCCAAAGACGAGUCGAGAGAGGAGAAAAGAGGAAGUGCAGAUGAGGAAAAAGGAAGAGAAAAUCCGAGACAGUAGUGGAAAACCCAUUUUGAGACAGGAGAGCUUUACUGUGGAAAAACCAAGCUCCAACGUACCCAUUGAGCUGAUUCCCCGCAUUGACGGCCUCACCGGUAGCAGACCCCCUAGUAGGGAGGCUGCCGUUGACACUGACACGCUACAGAAGGACUCUGAGGCAGUGGCAGCUUUCUUGGAGACCACUGUAUCAGACCAAGGUGACCCGCCGAGUCAGUCCAUCGAAGGUUCUGUGUCACCAGAGUCAGAUGUGGACACAACUAGUACGGUAAGCCAAGCUGACGGAGCAAGGAAAAUGGUUCAAAAACGGAGAAUUCUUGUAGGACAGCAGAGAGAGAAAACCAUUGUGUGCUCAAACAACAAAGGCCCAGCCGCUGGUCGAGAGACACAGGACAAGCGGGUUAAGACUAGACCACAAAGUCUUCAGCAGCCUUGGACGUCUCUGGAUCUCACAGAUGAUGAUGUCAAUUCAAACUCGCUUCUUUCUGAUACUCAGUCCACCACGCAGCAAAGCAGAGGUUCACGGGCCAGAACCCAAACAGCAAGCACGGCCGUGGGGGCCAGCACCAAGUCCAGUCGGGCUAAAAUCAACCAAACCCCCUCUCCUCUUCCAGCCGCUAAAACCCCAAGUGCACCCAAGCCAAGGCCCACGAGGGCUUCCAUACUGCGAAGAGCCCGACUCGGUGACUCAACCGACACCGAACCUCCAGAUUUGGACAGGAUGUCUGUGGCCUCUGAGGCCUCGACAACUAGUUCCACAUCCAGGACAGGUCUGACAAAAAGAGGAAUGUCUCGGAUAGAGGCUCUAGCACAGCCAAGGAGACCAAGGGUCGGUUCUCCUUCUGCACAGAGUGACUCUGAAGCCACCGUGACCAGGAGUAGAGGAUUGGGAGCUCGAAGUACUGUGGGUGAUUAUGCUGUUAGACACGGACUACGAGGGUCUAAUGUGACCUCUGUCUGUGGACCCAGAGCCCGGGCGAACAGUGCCUCUAAGCUUCCUGACAAAAGUAAAGCCACAUCCUCAUAUGGACCAGCCGCACCAGCAGCCAGCACUCGAUGGCGCCGCGUGCCCGUAGAGUAUGCCUCCACCUCAGAAGACGAGUACGGUUCCAACCGCCAUCUGUCCAAACGGGGACAGGCACGGCCUGUUCCAUCCACACGAGUGGCACAGCUCGGAGGCUCGGGGCCAACUGUUCCUAAUUCGGCAAGCUUGAAGCCAGCGUCAAGGGAUCAGGAUGAAUAUAUGAGAGACUGGACAGCACAUAGUGAGGAGAUAGCCAGGAUUAGCCAAGACCUUGCCAAAGACUUAGCAAUGCUUGCAAGAGAGAUUCACGACGUAGCUGGAGAAAUUGACUCAGUGAGCCCUGCAGCCACUGACCCCGGAGUUGUGUUGGAGGAAUGUGAUGACAGCUUGGAGCAAAGGGGUUAUAGCAGUGCUCUGGAAGCAAAUGGGAAGCCAGUUGAAAUGAGACUGAGGUCCUCCAGUUCACAGGCAUCUCGUUCCAUUCGUCGACAAACAUGGAAUCAGGAUGAAGCACUGCUAAAUAGUUUACUCCUCCCAUCUGUGAAUCAACUCUCAAAUCGAAUACGAAAAUCUGUCGACAAAACAACCAGCAAAAUCAGGAUCCUUUUCAAGGAUAAAGACCGGAAAUGGGAAGAGAUUGAGAGCAAGCUUCAGGCAGAGCAUGACUCCUUGCUGUUGAAGAGCUCCAACAAGGAGAUUUCCACUAUCAUUCAAGAUCUAAAACGAGUGGAAAGACAACUGCUGGUGAUUGAUAUGAUGGUCGACCCAGACGGCACUCUGGAUGCUCUGACCAGCUUGGGCCUCACCAGCCCACUAGUCACUCAUCAAGUAGAAUCAGCUCUUAGUACCUCUGGAGGAGAGGCUUCUUCCAGUGUAUUGUUGGACUCAAGGCAUGAAGUCGCCCCCGGUGAAUCACAUGGACAAUCGGAGAGUUUACAGGAAGCAGAGCAAGUCACAGGGUCUCCCCACAUCAGCGGAUAAUUGACAGCACGUGUCCAUCAUAUUGGACUUGUCCAGAAGUGUACACAUGAUCUGUUGGAUAUCUAUAAGUGACUUGAACCUUCUCAAAAUGUACUAUGCUUUACAUAUUUAUUCUGUUGUUGAUGCAAAGCGAUUUCCUUUAUAUUAUCCAAAGUCAUGUAUGUGAUUUAUAAACCUUUGUCUAUUGUCAAUGUAAAUAAAUAGUGUAACAGUAAGAAACUGUGCAAAGGUGUCCAAAAGAGAAUCUCCUGUACAAUGAUAUGAUUUUUUCCUCAGUUUUUUUUUUUUGUGUAUGAAAAGAAUAACAAAGUACUUACCUUAUAGGUGUUUCUUACAGACAAAUCCCAAACUACUACAUGCCUUUUACCCUGUGAAAAUACAAUGUGCAAACGUAGCGCUGAGAAAGAUUUUCCUCUCCCUUCAGUAUUUUGUCACAAGUGCCCUAACCCAAGCAAUUAUUGCAGGAAAAGAGUAGAAAUAAAUAAUAAUAUAAAUAAUAUGGUGAGGGAGUCAUCAAAGUAGUUGCUUUGCACAUGAUGAAGCUGUUGUAUGUUGAUAUUGGUAUAUAAAGGAUGAGAAAAUCCCUAUUUAUGGUGGUGGUUUGGCCAAAAAGUAGGCAAGAAAGGGAAAGGUUUGGUUCAAUUAUUUUCUUUUCAAGUAUUGUGUUUGAACCAGCAUAUAUACAGGGUUUACCUCCGAGUCCUGCGGUGGCAUGCUGCAGUGAUGCAAAGGAGGGAUGCUUCAUCAUAUUAUUGUUUACACAUGAAUGUAACCUGAUCAAAUUCUACCCAACAAAUGUAUUCAAUAUUACUAACUGCGUGUUGUGCUCAGCACUUAGUGAAGUAUAUUUGUUGAUGAUUUUCAGAUGAUUUUGUUUGGAUAAUAAUAAUGAUGAUGAUGAUAAUGGUUUGUAAAAGAAAAACAUCUUUUUGAGGAUUU